AUGAGAAUAGCUAUUCUUUUUGGAGCCGCAAUCAUUUCCAGUGCUUUGAGUGGUAUUCUGGCGUAUGGUUUCACAUACCUGGAUGGUACUCGUGGUCUGAAUAGUUGGCAGUGGAUGUUUUUGCUUGAAGGUCUGCCGAUGAUUCCUCUCGGUAUCAUAACCUGUCUUUUUCUCAGCAAUAUACCCGAUACCGUACAAUGGUUGAAUAACAGUGAAAAACAGCUUUUGACAAAUCUUCUUCGACAUGAUGCAGGCAUAGCCAAUGGUGAAAAUGUUCGACUUUCAUGGCGACAAGCAUUCUAUGUUUUUGUCGAUUGGCGAAUAUAUUUGUAUGCACUGAUUGAUAUUGGUAUUUUGAGUGUUAUCAAAUAUAUAAAUACGUAUCUUCCGUUGCUUGUCGAAGAUAUGGGUAAUUCGAAAGCUGAAGCACAUUUAAUGACAGCACCACCUUACGUUUCCGCAUUUGUGUUUUGUCUAUUGUCGGCUUUAUUCUUAUGCUCACUCUGA